AUGCCCGCAAAAGAAGACACAUGGGCCUUUCAACCAAUCGGUGAUCCAUUUCCCGACAACCCCGUCAAGGUGAUGAACGAGCAGAACAUGUACGUCGCUUUGUGGUACAAACACGGAAAACCAAUCCAUGGACGCGCGUGGAACAAUGGAGGAGUCGUUGAGUGCUCUUUCCCAUAUAAGGAGUACGAACUCACCGGUGCCAAGUAUCUCGGCGGACAAAUCCAGGUUCUUCAAUACAAGGGCGACCACAACAGCCUCGGCUACUGGUACAACUGGAUCAAGUACGCGGAUCGUCUUGAGAAGGAUUUGGCCGACCGUGAGAUUGUGCAUUGUGGAGACUCAUUCCCGAUCUUCUGGCCAAACAGCCCCGAAGGACCCGUACUUGGAUAUGUCGACAACAAAACCGAGAUUGCUUGGUUCUCAAUCAACAAGAAGGUGAUUCACCGUCAAGGCGGUGAUCUCUUGCCGAUGUUUGUCAUCGCUCGCGAGCUCAAGGGAGGACCACCCAAUUUCAUUCGUGUCAUGCUCAGCGAAUGGGCCGAUUUCCGUAUGGGUGACCCGUGGCCAAACAAAAAACUUGUCAAGGCACUCGGCAAGUCAUUGGACUCGUUGCCCGGUGAGAGCUCGGAUCAAUACGUCGCACUAUGGUAUCAACAUGGAGAGCCGGUGAUGGGACGCAUUUGGAACGAUGAAGGAAAGAUUGCAGCCAACUUUGGACAUGGAGGAAACGAAUACAAAAAAGAUGUCGGAUCGCUUCAGGUUCUUUACGAGCUCUCGGAUGCUGUGCGUGGAUUCGACUAUGGUUGGAUUCCAUUCCUAGAAGCGGCAUCAUCCGAUACGAAGGAUUGGUCACCCGUAUUUGUCAGUCAUGAGAAAAGAAAGAUCUCGCCUGGGGUGAUUACUGUGAAUGGAAAGCAAAUUCUUGGAGAGGUUGACAUCAAGAACGAAAGGUGUUCGUACGGAGCUGGUGGCAAAGAAAACGUGAUCCAGGGACCCGCCGUCCACUCAACGCUCGUCCUCUGCAAGCGAAGCAAUACAACGAAGGCAGUUAAUGCAACCACUACAAUCAAUACGAUCAGAACAAUCUCGCAGACGAGUCAAUGCAAUCACCAGAAGCUUGAUUCGAUUGCGUUUAUCAAACUGGUUCUGGUGACGGCUUUGGUGAUUCUCGUGCGGUGUCUUGAGUGGAUUCUGCAAAAAAUGAUUCUAAUUUAUGAGAAAUUACCGAUGAUCUACAAUGCGGCUCGUUUCUGCUACGAGAAACCAGAUUUGGCCAAGGAUCUCAUCCGCACUUCUUGGCACCUUGCUUAUGUCUCUUAUCAAAGCAAUCUUUGGACACUUAGUGAUGCUUUUGACGCGUUCUUUGGUAACUCGAUUGAAAAGAUGAAUGAACUUGGGGAAAAAGCCAAUGAAAAAGUAAAACGAGGAGGAAAAUCGCCAAAUUUACCCACCAAAUCCCCAGCCACUCCGAGCAAGGCACAGAGGGUGGAG